UUGAGAAUCAAAGGCAGAGAAGUAAGUAUGGCUGUUCGUAGUAUCAGUGCAAGUGUUUUCAUAGCGGCUCUCCUCUUUUGCUCCCUCGCUCUCGCUGAUAAAGACUUUCAGUACUUCCGUUUCAUCCUAACUUGGCCAGGAUCAUAUUGCAGAGAAGACUGUAGGGACGGAUGUUGUAUGCCCACCACAGGGGACCCCGCAGAAGACUUCUUUGUGAAGGGCCUGUAUCCGUACUGUGAAAACAAACCCGUCAAAGGGUGCAAUGUGACCAAGUUCUACGUUAAUCCGCUAGGAAGCAUGAUAAGUGAAUUGUACGAGUACUGGCCCAGCAUUGAUUGUCCAAGCAACAAUGGUGUGAAAGACUGGAACAGCACAUGGACCACGUACGGUGUAUGUUCGGGCCUAGACGAAAAGACUUACUUUAGGAGGGCGUUGGACCUCAGGAACAAGAUCAACCUACUUUCAUUACUCAAAAAAAAUGGCAUUGUCCCAUCCUAUCGAGGCGUAUACGAUCUGCGGACCAUCCAAAAUGUGAUCGCGAAAGGAACAGGAGCGACGGUGGCGAUCGACUGCAAUAAGAACAAGUGGGGCAGGAGUCAGAUCAGUGAGAUCAAUGUAUGUGUGGAUAAGAAUGCUACAAACAUCAUAAAAUGCCCAUUCAACGUAAAAUGCUGGUGCCCACCUCGUGUUCGUUUCCCUCCAUUCACCCUCGACAUGCUCGAGGACAGUUCUACAGAGCUCAAUCCUAUCAUGAUGGCUGUGUCUGAAUGAUCUCAAAUGCUUCUUUCUUUCUAAUUAAUAGUAAGAGAUGUUCUACAAAAUAAUACUAAUAAUAAUAAUAAAUCAUGUUUUUGUAGGACUACUAC